CAUUGAAGUUUUCCCCACCAUCGUUCAAGAGGGAUACAGAGAGGGUCUAAUACCACUUGCAGGUUGUAACAUCUCGAAUCUUUUUCCUGAUAAUAUAUUGUUCGCUUUGGGUCUAGACUCUCACGGAUUUUGCCUUGGAGUGCAUAUGAAGGUGACUUUUCAUAAGAUUACUCAUCAUUAAAGUACCCUACAACGAGCACGUUUAGCUUCAGAGUUCUUAUAAAAACUCUUCCAUUUCACCUCAAUAUGUGUCUUAUCAGUUAAACUCGGUUUAAAUUUUUACUUAUAAACCAAAAAUAACUCGUGUUUUGUUAAUCUGAUUCACCUAAUAUUACACAAACAAACCAGUGUCUGGAAAAAAAAAACGGUCUGCAAGAGCUGAACCGAAAGACAAAAAAUAAAAUAAAGAAGACGGCUUAAUUGCAAGUUUGGUCACUCGAAUUGCUACAAAAUUCCACGUUUGGUCACUAAAAUUGGUUUAUUCCAUUAGUAGUCACUUAAAUUAGUUGAACAGUUCAAGUUCGGUCACUCUCUGUUAACCUCCGUUAGACUCCAUUAUUGACGACCGUUAAGUGAUGACGUGGCUAACAGAAAAUCACAGUCAGCAUAUUUUAACCCUAAACAAUUACUACCCGACCCGCCACAUCAGAUUUGCCCUCCAUGUCACCCACCCAACCCGCAAACCAACCCAAUAAUCGACCCAACCCCAAACCCGACCCCCUGAAAAGUAAAAUCGACAACCCCUGUUGCUCGCUCAUCCUCCUCCUCUGCUACUGCUCGGUCAGCCGACUCCGGAUCAGCCUCCGUGCUUGUUGUCGUGGUGGAAGAAGGCUGAGUUUUCCAAGUCCCUGGUUCAGGUGACAUCGGGCACAGCCAGAGGCAUAACAAUUACUCCGGCCCCGACGGAGGAUCUUACUUGCCACCGAUCGUCGCUGUGGAAGAAUCGCCUCCUCCGAUUGUCCACGUCCACUCGGCGAGCCGCCGCUGGGUCUGCAUCCUGAACCUCCGCCGGAGAUGCAGUAUCCCCUGCCUCCGGAAUCUAGAGCGAUGCACGGCACAAGAAUGGUCAGCGCCGGCGGUGAGAGAGUUACAAACGGCGAUUUCUCUCCCCGAGUGAUAUCCUACCGAUUUCCCAGCGACACGGAGAGAAUUCAUCCUCUAGAUCUGGUUGAGCCGAUGCAGUAUCUGUUCAUCAGAAUCGUGAAGGCGCGUGGAUUGUCGCCCAACGAGAGCCCCUACGUGAAAAUAAGGACAUCCAAUCACUACGUCAUAUCUAAGCCGACGAAUUACCGCCCCAGCGAGCCACCCGACUCGCCCGAGUGGAACCAGGUCUUUGCUCUCCCCCACAACAGGCCUGACUCGGCAAGCACAACUAUGGAAAUCUAUGUUUGGGAUGCUCCGAUGGAGCAGUUUCUCGGCGGCAUUUGUUUCGACCUUUCCGAUGUCCCCGUCCGCGAUCCGCCGGACAAUCCGCUCCCUCCUUAGUGGUAAAGUCUCGAAGGCGGCGAGCAAAAUUCCGCCGCAUCAGAGGAGGAAGAUGAGCAAGCAGCAGGGGGUUGUCGAUUUUACUUUUCAGAUUCAUGAGGGGUCAGGUUUGGGGUUGGGUCGAUUAUUGGGUUGGUUUGCGGGUUGGGUAAGGAAGGGUGACAUGGUGGGCAAAUCUGACGUGGCGGGUCAGAUAGUCAUUUUUAGGGUUAAAAUAUGCGGACUGUGAUUUUCUGUUAGCCACGUCAUCACUUACCGAUCGUCAUUAACGGAGUCUAACGGAGGUUAACGGAGAGUGACCGAACUUGGACGGUUCAACUAAUUUAAGUGACUAUGAAUGGAAUAAACCAAUUUUAGUGAUCAAACGUGAAAUUUUGUAGCAAUUCGAGUUACCAAACAUGCAAUUAAGCCUUAAAAAGACAGACAAAGGAGUGUGAAGAGAGUAAGGCGGCUGGAUUUAUGGGCAUUGAUAUUCGUCACCCUAAAAUACCUUAUUUGUUGCCCUAACUUUUGUUAAAAUGACUCUAAUGUCCUUUGUUUAAGUUUUGUUUCAUAAUCCGUCAUCGACUGCAAGCGACUGGUCAGGUACCCGUCCCAGCUCGUCGGCGACGGGAUUUCAACCUGUCCGACGCCGACCAACAAAAAAAAACACAAAAAAUGCAAUCCUCUGCUGUGUUGUGUCUUUUUCUUCCUUCAGGCGGCGAUCCGUAUAGGUGAAUAAACCCAUUUAGAAAUCGUAGGCCCUGAGUUCAAUUUCAACAAAGCCAAGACUUCCCUGGGCUAUUUCUCUCUUUGGUUUCCCUCUUCUUGUCGAGACAUCUGCUCCGACCUCCAUUCCUUGUUAUUUCCUUAACCAACUACAAUUCCCAUCUUAAUUGCGCAUAAUUGAUUCUCUCAAUAUCUCUUAUUCAUUGAACGAUUCUCUCGCCGGUGUCUGGGAAUCCCAAGCCAUCACUUCGCUAAAUUUUCCGGCCAAGUUUCCCCGACUCCACUUCCACGUUCCCAGCUGCAUCAUUCUCUGUUUUGGAUAAAUCGCUCUCUCAUUCCUUCUUCUUCGCCCUCUUCCCUCCUCCUGGUCGACAGCAACGACAAAUAUCAGCGGCGGCGGGGAGCGGCUCCGGCGACGACUAAUGACCUUUUUCUUCAUCCUCCUUUGUUGGCAUCAGGGACCGAACGAGAGCAAUACUUGGGUUGCCGGAGGCGACAUUUUCCCCGGUUUAGGUUAGAAUUGAUGUUAGGGGUAAAUGUGUCAAUUAAGUGUAUUUUAGGGCGAACUUUUUUGAAUUUUAUGGCGACGCAUAGCGAUUCAGGGAUUUAUCUAUCUCCUGAUUUUCUUUAAUCAAUUUAUUAAGGGAAC